ACUACAACUACUACACAUUGAGAGAAGAUGGCAACCUCAGUUUGGCUGAGGCAAUGGCCUCAACUCCUCUAUGGAGUAGCAUUUUGCCUAAUGGCUCUCAGUGUUGCUGCUGAUUAUGAUAAGCCAUACAAUGCAGCCCCACCAUCUCAUCAGCAACAUCCACACCCACCCAACCAUUCCAAACCACCUUACCAUGGCCACAAAAGCCCUCCAUAUUACUACAAAUCCCCACCACCACCAUCUCCAAAACCACAACCACCUUAUGUCUACAAAUCACCACCACCUCAAUCCCAAUCACCACCUCCACCUUAUGUCUAUAAGUCCCCUCCUCCACCAUCUCCAUCACCACCACCUCCAUAUAUCUAUAAGUCUCCUCCUCCACCAUCCUCAUCACCUCCACCUCCAUAUUAUUACAAGUCUCCACCCCCACCAUCACCUUCACCACCACCUCCAUACAUCUAUAAGUCUCCUCCUCCACCAUCUCGUUCACCACCACCUCCAUAUGUCUAUAGGUCUCCUCCACCACCAUCUUUGUCACCCCCACCACCAUAUUAUUACAAGUCUCCACCCCUAUCAUCACCUUCACCACCUCCACCCUAUGUUUACAAGUCACCACCACCACCAUCACCAUCACCAUCACCACCACCUCCUUAUGUUUAUAAGUCUCCACCUCCACCAUCACCAUCACCACCACCUCCAUACAUUUAUAAAUCUCCUCCUCCACCAUCACCUUCACCACCUCCUCCAUACAUCUACAAGUCACCACCACCUCCAUCACCUUCACCACCUCCUCCAUAUGUUUACAAGUCUCCACCACCACCUUCUCCAUCACCACCACCUCCAUAUGUUUACAAGUCUCCUCCUCCACCAUCACCUUCACCACCUCCUCCAUAUGUGUACAAGUCACCACCACCACCAUCUCCAUCACCACCACCUCCAUAUGUUUAUAAGUCUCCUCCUCCACCAUCUCCUUCACCACCUCCUCCAUAUGUGUACAAGUCUCCACCUCCUCCAUCUCCUACACCACCACCUCCAUAUGUUUACAAAUCUCCACCUCCUCCAUCACCCUCCCCUCCUCCACCCUAUGUUUACAAGUCACCACCUCCACCAUCCCCAUCACCACCACCUCCAUAUGUUUAUAAGUCUCCACCCCCACCAUCACCUUCACCACCACCUCCAUACAUUUACAAGUCUCCUCCUCCACCAUCUCCUUCAAAGCCUCAUCCGGACGUCCACAAGUCACCACCUCCUCCAUAUGUCUACAAGUCCCCACCCCCACCGUCUCCCUCCCCACCACCUCCAUAUGUCUAUAAAUCUCCACCACCACCAUCUCCUUCUCCUCCUCCACCAUACAUUUACAAGUCCCCACCACCUCCUUCUCCUCCUCCACCAUACAUUUACAAGUCCCCACCACCUCCUUCUCCAUCCCCACCACCUCCAUAUGCUUACAAAUCCCCACCUCCUCCAUCUCACUCACCUCCUCCACCCUAUGUCUAUAAGUCACCACCUCCUCCGUCACCUUCACCGCCUCCUCCAUAUGUAUACAAAUCUCCACCUCCACCUUCACCAUCACCUCCUCCACCUUAUAUUUAUAAGUCACCACCACCUCCUUCGCAUUCGCCUCCUCCUCCUUAUGUGUACAAGUCCCCACCUCCACCAUCUUCAUCACAUCCUCAUCAUUCGUACCUCUAUAACUCACCCCCGCCUCCCAGGUAUUAACCACGUGACUAAGGCAACAUUGCCGCAGUUAAUAUGAUAUUAUCCCCGUCUCCCGAGUAUCAAGCUUGCGGCUUUAGAAAUUUGGAUCUUUCAGCAAAUUAUAUUCAACAUUUUCGCAGUUAAUAUUACGAAAAAAAUUCAUGAUUCGUGGAACUGUGUAUGUAUUUGUGCUAAUUCUGAAGUGUGUACUAUAUAUGUAUUUCAUGUAAUAUCAUGUUUUAUUCUAUCUUGAUAUAUGUUGGUUUCCAUUUC